CUAAUUUUCGUGAAACCGCUUUAUCAGCGUCCUAUACGCGACUCAUAAUCCUCCACUAAUACCAUUUUCCCUUCAAAAUGGAUCCUCAGGUCGAUGAAGCCCCCCAACACCUGAAUAUCAAGGUCACGGACAACAACAAUGAAGUUUUCUUCAAAAUCAAGAGAACUACGCAGCUGAAAAAGUUGAUGGACGCCUUUUGUGAGCGGCAGGGCCGCCAGCUCACAACAGUUCGCUUCCUCUUUGAUGGCACCAGGGUUAGACCAGAGGAUUCCCCAGACACCCUCGACAUGCAAGAUGGUGACACUCUAGAAGUGCACCAAGAGCAGAUUGGUGGCUGAUGGGCCAGAACACUUUUACGAUAAUGAAGUUCCUCUAUUUUACUUUCCACUACAUUUGAAAAAGCCCACAUUUUGUACCAAUACACUUGACGACAAAUUUCUCUGGUCGAACCUUGCUUGUUUCUGAUUUUCCUGGAGUUAAGAAGCGGGUCCUUUUUCGAUUUUAUUUGCGUUGGAGAGACGCACAUGUUUGCAGAAUCCAAAUCUUCCUUAUGGACGGGUUCGGAUUUGGUGGCUACAUUUUGAAAAGUGAGAGAACUUGAGUAACGAAACGCUUUACUAUCACGAUUCAUAGUCCUCCAACGCACACAAUACCAUGAGGGAUUCGGAUAAACAAGAUCAAUUAUAUCAUCUCAAUGUGUCCCCAAAACUGUUCUUGAGUUCCUCCAUGGCUAUAAAUCCAACAGUGUAGAUAUCCAAGUUACAUCAACCACUUUUUCCAAGUCUCCAUAUGUUUCGACCGGCUGCCAGCAUGUAAUUCCAAAGUCCCCUAGCAAAAGGCCCGCUCAAAGGCCGGAAGUGGAAAUCAUUUCCCUGCAUUGGGUAUGUCAAGGCGGGCGGCCAGAUCGGGGUCGCAAACGCUAUUCUUACGACUCCCAAACAGCCUGUUUGGCUUUCUCCUCGUCUUCGCGCCUCUGCCUCGCAAGCUCCCGUUCGCGCUCGCGUUUUCUCCUCUCGUUCUCGAACAUGGCGCGAUCAUAAGCCUUCUGCUCCUCUGUCCUCUUCGCGCGCACACCCAGAGCGCUGCUUAUUAUUCGACUUGCGACGGCAGCCUGCUUUUCUGGUCGUCUCCGCGGGGAGUCUGAGUCUGGGUUGCGCGGAUCCGGAGAGCUCCAUUGGGGUGUCGAUGAGGCCGCGAAGGAAGGGACGUCGCUAUGAUACGUCUGUCCUUGUGGCGAGGACGUGGCGUUGGUCGCCUUCUCAUCCUUUUCGUCCUCUGAAGGCUCUGAAGACACCGACUCGUCUUCCCAGGAGUCCGCCACCUUGGAUUUCGACUUGCGCUUAGGUUUCUGGGGGUGAGC